AUGGACGACCCAUCGCUAGAUGGCCCAGCCUCGCUGGUACGCGCUCUCGCGGCGUGGGCGGAGGAAGAUGAACAGCUGCAGGAUACUCUCAUGCGUAGCUCCCCGAUCCAGCCGGUAGUGGAGGAGGACGAGGACGAGGAUGACGAGGACGAGGUGACACCUUCCCCUGCCGACUUCCGAGAGUUCCAAGGCGACGCGGGACUGGGUCGCCGAUCCAAGAAGAGGGGGCAAAGCGGAGUCGCCCCCACCCAAAACUCUCAGCUGAAAGUGGAGGGGGGGAUGAGCCAACCGGGUGUGGUGAAGAAGAGGGGGAGGCCGAAGACAAGCAAGAAACGAAAGCAGCCGGACGGGACGUUGGCGCCGUUAGGGGAGGAUGAAUUGCUGCCUGCUGCGAGGUCGAAGAAAUGCAAGUACUUUGGGAGGGCGGUUGGUGAGGAGCCGGAGGUGCCCAGGGACGACACCGACUGGAGAGACUGGGAGUAG